AUGAAUCAGGCUCCGAGGAGGAAGGAGUCAACAAAACCUGAUACCUAUUUUCAUGAUGAAAAUCUGUACAAUUCAUUCCUCGAUCUCUUCAAUGCUGGUACUGAAACUACAGCUACAACAAUCCGUUGGGGAAUUUUGUUGAUGAUGAAGUAUCCGGAAAUUCAAAAGAAAAUACAAGAUGAAAUUAAAAUGCAUAUUAAACCAGGACAAUUGCCAGCAGUAGAGGAUAGGAAAAAAAUGCCUUAUACUGAUGCAGUAAUACAUGAAGUACAGAGAUUUGACAAUAUUCUUCCUCAGAGCCUGUCACAUGCCCCUUCAACUGAUAUGUAUUUUCGAGGAUACUGCAUCCCAAAAGGUACAGAGGUUAUUCCAUUACUGACAUCAGUUCUCAAUGACAAGACUCAAUGGAAAACACCCUAUGAUUUUAAUCCCAAUCACUUUUUGGAUAAAGAUGGGAAGUUUGUCCGAAAUGAUGCAUUUAUGCCUUUCUCAACAGGAAAAAGAGCUUGUGCUGGAGAAAGCUUGGCCAAAAUGGAACUUUUCCUGUUCUUCACUGGACUUCUUCAAGCAUUUACUUUCUAUCCACCACCAGGAGUUUCCAGAGAAGAUUUAACUCUCAAGCCCGAUGUUGGAUUCACAUUAGCCCCUACAAAAUAUAUGACACGUGCCAAGCUGAACUACUAGUGUAGUUUGGACACAACUAUCAACACAGAGGCUAACGUUGGUGUUGAUUAUAUUUUAAAGCAGUUUUCUGUGACCCAAUGGGUAUUGAUUGCAAAGCCACUAUAAUUACACAUGACACAUUACACAGUAUUAUACUCACAUUACCAUUCUGAAGGUGCAUGGAUCAGCCUGCCAGGAACCUUGUAAUGGGAUGUUUCUCUUUUUAAAAUCCAGCUUAUGUUGAUCACCUCAUUUUCCAGGUUUCCAACAUGGGCUAUGGAAGAGAUGUCACUUCCUCUGUGGACAGGGUCAGAACUAUUCCUCUCUUUGGCAUAUGUGCAAACUCCUGAAACCACCUCAUCUGCACAUAAACCAGGGGAGGAAAUGCUAUGUCUUCUUCCACAGCAGAAGUUAUGUCGCAUCCAUAGUGAUAGAGAUUUGGAUAUCAUUCUUGAUCAGUGUUGAGGAUCUCAUGAUAUUAAUUGGAAAUCAUUACAACAUGGCGCUGGCACCUAGGUGUUAACAUAGUUUACAUACCAAAGUUUGUAAAAUAAUGCACAAUGCUCAGAUGCCAAGUGUUAUCUCUUUUUAGCCAAUGAAACAAUGGCAUGAGCCUCAGUAGAGGAACACCGUCUCUGAUGAUAUAAAAACUGCUUAACUUCCUGUAAUAAAUGAGAACUGCUUUGACUCUG